AUGCUUGUCAAUCAAAUAUACCCGGCGCUUGUUGUGCUGGCGCUUGCUCACAUUGUGCACUCUGGGCCUAUUCUUGAACAUGAUUCAGUACGACCAUACCCGUGUCCUCACUUUCCUCGCCUGACAUGACUUGAUACAGACCGCAAUGUUGAGAGCUCGUGACGACGAGAAGGCCCAGAAUGCUCAGGCACCCAGUGCUCCCCAGUCUCCCAAUGCGCAAGAGCUCCAGGCAUUCUGGCAGUCGCAGGCCCAGGACAUGGCAAAAGCCGGAAAGAGCGCUCCUACUGCGCAGCAAAUCCAGGCCAUGGAAGAACAGCAGCAAGCCGAAGCCGCGAAACAAGGCCAGCAAGCUCCAACGGCCGACCAAUUGGAAGCUGCUCAGCAGAAAGCUCAGCAACAGACCGCCAGCGAGGCGCAACAGCAGGAUGCCUCGAAACAAGCUGGUCAAGUCAAAGGAGCCGCGCAAGAUCUUCCAUUCGGGAUUGGCGAUAUCUUUGGCGGAAAAUUCGGAGGAAGCAGUCUCGCCGACAUCAUCAAAGCUGCCUAUCCGAAAGGUGUCUCCUCAUCAUCGUCAUCGUCAUCAUCAACUUGUCCUCCAUGGUUCCCGUUCUGCCCGAAGUCAAGCUCGUCGUCUACCUGUCCUGCCUAUCUUCCAUCAUGGUACUGCCCGAAGCCUGCAUCGACGUCGACGUCCACGUGUCCUGACUGGCUACCUGCUUGGUUCUGUCCGAAGCCUGCAGCGAAAAGCAUUUACGGUUACGACUGUCCGGAUACCAUGCCGUCCUGUUCUUGUAAGUGCAAACAAACUUCCACGUAUACAUGUGGCCGUGUCACCGUCACGCUGCUAACUCUUCCGACUAGCUUGCUAUGGAGGCUAUAAUGGAGAGAAGAAUGUCUGCUUUGUAAGUUGCGGGCGGCGCUAUAUGCCAACCAAGCUUAUGCUAACUGUUGUUAGUGGUAUUGGAUUGCUGGCUGCGAGUGUAAAGCGGAUUAG